GUCGUCCUGUGGUUAUACUUUUAAAACGGCCCGCGUCCGGCGCCCCGCGCCCCCGCUCCCUCUUGUCUGUCUGCGAACCAACCAACGAACGCCAAAGCCAGCGCCGCGGCGUAGCCACCACCCUCUACUAUUAUAGCCAACGUCUCUGCGCGUGCGGUGCCGGAGCGGCGGAACCUCCCCCCAUCCUACCUCACCAUGAUGGCAAUGCCGGACGCGGACCGCAACGCCAUGUCGGCGCCGCUGCUCCCGCGGCCCGCGUGCCUGACGGCGUCCUUCUCCUCCUCCUCCUCCUCCUCCUCCUCCUUCGCCUCCUUCUCCUCCUCCAACUCCUCCGACCCCUCACCCCCGUCCGCCUUCCCGCCGGCGGGGCCGUGCAAGGCGUUGGCGGUGCUGCGGGACCACGCGGGCUCCGUCUCCAGCCUCUCCCUCUGCGGGGAGUUCCUGCUCAGCGCGUCCACGGCCGGCGACGUCGUGGCGUGGCAGCAGCCCGACCUCCGGCGCUUCGCGCGCUUCGGCCACGGCGAGAGCGGCGGCUCCGUCAAGGCGCUGGCGGCCGCGGGCGGCCGCGUCUUCUCCGCGCACCAGGACGGCCGCGUCCGCGUCUGGCGCGUCUCCCGCGGCCGCCGCUCCGAGAACGCCUUCAAGCUCGUCGCCGCGCUGCCCACCGCCAGGGACUACCUGGGCCGGGUGUUCCGCCAGGACAGCUACGUGCAGACCACCGCCACCACGGCGGCGCGCCGCGCCCACCACCGCCGCCUCUGGAUCGAGCACGCCGACAGCAUCUCCUGCCUCGCCGUCGCCGUGCACGACGCCGCGCUCCUCUACUCGGGCUCCUGGGACCGCACGCUCAAGGUCUGGCGCGUCGCCGACCUCAGGUGCCUCGAGUCCAUCCGCGCCCACGACGACGCCGUCAACGCCGUCGCCGCAGACGCCGGCAUCGUCUACUCCGCCUCCGCCGACGGCCGCGUCAAGGCCUGGGAGAAGGGGAAGGCGUCGCAUUUCCUCCAGGGCGUCCUCGUCGCCCGCGACGGCGUCUCGUGGAACGCGCUCGCCGUCGCCGCCGACGACCGCCGGCUCUACGCCGCGGGCUCCGACGGCCACGUCGCCGCCUGGGACCGCCUCGGCGGCAGGACCGCCGCGCGCUGGACCCUCGCGUGCGACGUCAGGGCGCACGACGCCGCCGUGCUGUGCCUCUGCGUCGCCAGGGACCUGCUCUGCACCGGCUCCGCCGACAAGACCAUCGGCCUGUGGCGCCGUCAGAGCGCCGGCGAGCUGGCCAAGGUGGGCGUCGUCAGAGGCCACGAGGGCCCCGUCAAAUGCAUCCAGGCGUCCUGGUGCAGGCUCACCAAUGGCUGCAUGGUCUACAGCGGGAGCCUUGACAAGACCAUCAGAGUUUGGUGGGUGCCCGGUGCCUUGCAGCAUGCCAAUGACAAAGAGCAGCAGCAGCAGCAGCAAAAAGAUGGCUUCAAGGAUCACAAGCACAAGGCUUCUUUGUUCUUGAGAUGAAACUUGUGUCUGCUCCAAAUUUCGAAAUGGAUUGAUUGAGAUUGCUCAGGUCUAGUCUGUAUUUUGGAUUGGUUGAUUUAUAUUACAAGGAUAAAUGGGUAACACACAAAAGUAGCCAUAGAGUGGGUGUGCUUCUGUAAAUGGCUGUAUACUAUGUUCUGAUUCUUCUUUGAUAUAGGUUGACUACAUGGAGAGAGAGAAAAGGCUCAAUGACCUUAUUUGUGAAAUUA